UUAUAUGGUCCCUUACAUGUGGUGGUGUAAUCACAAUGUUUACAGUUGCACCAGUCUUACUACAAUUGUUCGUGGCCUUUAAAUCAAGCGGGCGGUAUCUAAUUUCAUUUGAUCGUCCACACAGCGUCGUACUCGUAGUUCUAUCCCAUAACAAGCGAAUUUAACAUCAAAUAAGAUGCCACGAACAUUUGAUGAAGAAAUGGAGUUCUUGCACCGCCAAACUCCAUACAGCUGGAAAAUUGCCAAAGGUUUUGUGCCGAACAUGAAGGUUGAAGGAGAGUUUUUCGUAAACAAACAUCUCGAGAAUUUAAUGUUGGAAGAGCUUCGUCAUUCGUGCCAGGGUUCCACGGGUGGAUUUUUACCAGGAGUAAAACAGAUUGCUAACGUUGCUGCCCUGCCUGGUAUUGUUAAGAGCUCCAUUGGUCUGCCUGACAUCCACUCAGGUUAUGGUUUCGCUAUCGGAAACAUGGCGGCAUUUGACAUGGAUGACCCUCAAGCUAUUAUUUCACCUGGUGGAGUAGGUUUUGACAUCAAUUGUGGUGUACGACUUUUAAGAACUAAUUUGAGCGAAACUGAUGUGAACCCUGUGAAAGAAAUCCUCUGCCAGUCAUUAUUUGAUCAUAUUCCUGUUGGUGUUGGAUCUAAAGGUGUCAUUCCUAUGGGGGCAAAGGAUUUAGAAGAAGCUUUAGAGAUGGGUAUGGACUGGUCGUUGCGAGAAGGAUAUGCGUGGGCGGAGGACAAAGAGCAUUGCGAGGAAUACGGAAGGAUGUUGCAAGCUGAGCCAAGUAAAGUGUCCGCGAGAGCAAAGAAAAGAGGACUUCCACAGCUUGGCACCCUGGGUGCUGGAAACCAUUACGCUGAGAUUCAAGUGGUGGAUGAAAUAUUUGAUAAAUACGCAGCAAAUAAGAUGGGUUUGGAAUACAAAGGUCAAGUAUGUGUGAUGAUACAUUGUGGCAGCAGAGGACUUGGUCACCAAGUUGCUACAGACGCAUUGGUUGCCAUGGAAAAGGCAAUGAACCGCGACAAUAUAAUCGUCAACGAUCGGCAAUUGGCGUGCGCUCAUAUUGGUUCACAGGAAGGCCAAGAUUACUUGAAAGGAAUGUGCGCAGCGGGGAAUUACGCGUGGGUUAAUAGAAGCUCUAUGACAUUUCUCACAAGACAAGCGUUUGGAAAAGUGUUUAAAUGUUCUCCUGACGACCUAGACAUGCAAAUGAUCUAUGACGUGUCUCACAACAUCGCUAAGAUUGAGGAGCAUAUGGUAGAUGGGAAGCAGAAGAGACUUCUCGUCCAUAGGAAAGGGGCAACGAGAGCAUUUCCUCCUCACCAUCCUCUCAUCCCUGUGGAUUAUCAACUCACAGGCCAGCCAGUAUUAAUUGGGGGCACCAUGGGAACGUGUAGCUAUGUAUUAACUGGCACUGAACAAGGAAUGGAACAAACAUUUGGAACAACUUGUCAUGGGGCAGGCCGAGCAUUAUCUCGAGCAAAAUCGCGAAGAAAACUCGAUUUUCAAGAAGUCCUUGAUAAACUUACAGAUCAAAAUAUUUCAAUCAGAGUUGCAUCACCUAAACUUGUAAUGGAAGAGGCUCCAGAAUCUUAUAAAGAUGUAACAGAAGUUGUUAACACUUGCCAAGCAGCUGGAAUCAGCAAAAAGGCUGUUCGUUUACGUCCUAUUGCUGUUAUUAAAGGUUGACUUCACGUUUUUGCUAUCAUUUGUCGGGAAAAAUGUUGGCCUUAGUUAUAAGCCCCGAUAGUGCUGUAGUUCCUAAGUUGUAAUCAAGAGUUAGUUGGCGUGGUGGUAUUGCUUAAAUAAAUUUAACAUUUACUGUGUUUUUUUUUAACUGAAAUACAUGUAAUUUUCAUUGGAAAUUACCACGUAUUCAAGUGUAAAGUUCAAUUGUGUAUGACCCUUUCUGUUGGAUUUGUAUAAAAAUGUUUUUUUGCAUCCGAAUAUCUGUUCAAAUUAAAACCAAUCUUUUUAGGCUGUUCUGUAAUAUAACAGUAAUUUUAUUUCAAUGUUACGUCUGCCGUUUGGCAAGACAUUAUGCCUAGUAACAGAAGUACUACAAUAUUAGUAAACAUGCCGUUUUUCAACUAAUUUACCUUUUUAUGUUAUGAUUUGCUAGUACUGUUACAUUCUAUGUUCCAAACCAUUUAAACCUUCAGUGUGUAAGUGUUUAAUGUACUACUUAUUUAAAAAAAACAACUGUAUAUGUCAACGUUUCGUAUGCGUAGACAGAGUACUAAAUUGUAAAAUUGUUAACUCAUCAGUAAGCAUUUGGCUUUUACGUAAUGUCAUGAAUCGUACUAAAAUUACUUUUCUAAUCUCUCCUCAUAUGUUUUUAUCUCGAUACUUUAACUAUAACAUCUGAUGAUGCAUAAUAAAUUCUGAUAUUAAGUAAC